AUGAUGUACGAAUAUUACGAAGCCACGGGAGAUAUUGAAUUCAUAAAGGAAAAUUUCAAUCACCUUGUAAAAGAAUAUGAAUUUUGGGUUCAAAACAGGUCAAUAUCAGUGAUGGAUGAGAAGGGAUAUAAACACAAAAUAUAUCAGUAUCGUACUAUUUCAAAUGUACCUCGUCCGGAAUCAUUCCGAGCUGAUAUUCAAGCUGCAGUAGAAGUUGGGAAAAACGACAGGCAGAAAUUCUUUCAGGAUAUUGCAUCAGCGGCGGAAUCCGGUUGGGACUUUUCGUCUCGAUGGUUCAGAGAUAGAAAUACAAUGAAAACCAUUGAAACAACUAAUAUUUUACCGGUCGAUCUGAAUUCACUGCUCUGUUGGAAUGUCAAUAUUCUCAAAUACUUUGCUAAUAUCAUCGGUAAUACACAGAAGGCAGAGGAAUUUGAGAAGAAAGGACAAGAAGCUCGGAAAGCCUUAAAUGCCAUAUUUUACAAUAAAUUGAAAAAGGCUUGGUUCGACUACAAUUUCCGCAUCAAAUCACAUAAUACCUUGUUCUACCCAACCGUUGCAAUGCCUCUAUUCACGGGCUGUUAUACAAUGUUGGAUUACGGUAAAUCGACAAAAGUUAUUGACUUUAUGAAUGAAUCAAAUGUUUUCAAUUAUCCAAGUGGUAUACCGGCAAGCCUAAAGAAUACUGGACAGCAAUGGGAUUUGCCGAACGGUUGGCCUCCCUUGCAACACAUAAUCAUUGAAGGGAUGCGGAAAUCCGACAAUCCCGAAGCUCAGGAAAUGGCAUUCAAAUUGGCACGAAAAUGGAUAUUAGCCAAUUACAAGAUAUAUAAUACAACCAAAAAAAUGUGGGAAAAAAUUGAUGUUACUGGAACAAUUCCCAAGCCAGGAGCUGGUGGCGAGUAUGACGUACAGGAUGGUUUUGGAUGGACAAAUGGUGUUGUCCUAGACCUUUUGACUACUUAUUAUGAUCGAAUGACUAUUGGAGACAUUGGACAAAAUGUCACGCAUGGGCCAUCCGUUAGACCCUGUCGUAGUAAAACGUAUCGCAUCCGUUACAGACUAGUUCCAUUGCUUUGCACCACCGUUUUUUAUUUCCUCAGACCUUAG